UGUUAACAGCUACUUCAGAAGACAACAUGAAUGUAAACUGUGAGUCCAUGAGGUUUAAGUUUGGAAAAAAACUCUUCAACAUGUAUCUGCCUGUAAUCCUCCAAUGCUUUAUGAUUUGAUUUCAUAUGCAUCAUUACCUCUGCAAUAGUGAAAGCGCUGAUCUGCUGACUGUGUGAAUCACUAGUGACGUUCUAGACUGCUGAUAUGGUACUGCUGGGCACAUUUAACUACACAGCCAACUCAACAAAUGAGGGGUGCAGCUCUGCUAACUUCCAGUAUGACCUAUUCAAACUAGUUUACAGCAUUGUGUUUGUCCUUGGUUUGAUUGGCAACAUGAGUGCUCUUUGCAUACUCCUGCUCAAAGUAAAACGUCGAGGCCCAACACAGGUGUACAUCAUCAACCUUGCUGUGGCAGACAUCAUCUUCAUUUCCACUUUACCAUUUAAAAUUCACUACCAUCUGAAGAAGAAUGACUGGAUAUUUGGAGAUAUAAUGUGCAGGAUUACCGGUUCACUGUUCUUCAUAAACAUCAACAUCAGCAUUGCAUUCAUGACAUGCAUUUGUAUCGAUCGAUAUAUUGCUGUAGUUCACCCUUUCAAAUAUAUUAACAUCAGGAAGAAGAAUUAUGCCAUCAUAGUAUCUUUGUUUGUUUGGGCUCUAGCUAUAGGCAUUAUGGUGGCCCUUACGACUGAGGGCCCAUUACACAACUCGUUCAACAACCAGACGAGCUGCUUUGAAAACUUCAGUACUGAGAGCUGGAGCCAACGGAUGUCAGUCUAUAACAUACUUGCUCUGUCUUUUGGCUUUGUGAUACCAUGCAUUAUAAUUACAAUAUGUUACCCACUGAUUGCCAAGCGUGUAUCUCGGAUGAAAAGCAUCCGUAAGAAUAAGGCUUUGAAAAUCAUAUAUCUGAUUCUUGCCAUGGCAUUUGUAUGCUUCCUUCCAUAUCAUAUUACACAUCUACUACACUUCCUGGUAAGACUGCAGAUUAUAAGCAACUGUGCAAUUUCUAAUGUCAUCUAUAAAAUGCGGAGAAUUACUUUAGCUCUAAUAAGUUUCAAUAGCUGUCUAGAUCCCAUACUGUACUACUUUGCUACUGCUAGUCCUAGGUUUUCAGUAUCUUACUUCCUUCCUUCAAGGAAAAAGAAAAUUUAUACCAUAUAUGACAGACACCUAACAGAAUGCAGUUUCAAAUCCAGAACAAAAAAUAGAACUGAAUAAGGCAUAUAAACAUGCUUUUGUAUUAUUAUCAUUUUAUUAUCUACUAUGCCAAAUUUGUAAUGUAAAAUCUCAUUUUUCAGAGUUUGUUUUGCCAGACCAUGCAUUUUGUUUGUGCUCACCUUUUGAGGUAAAGGACUGCGGUGCAGUUCUAAACCUGGGAUCUCCUGGCCGAAAGAACAAACCUCUUGUAUGACACUGCAUUGUUCUGAAAUAUGCCAAAUUCAAGCUGCAUAUAAUAUCGAGACAUAUAAAGUUUUAAGGAACAAUAACAUCGAAUGAGUAAGAUUUCAUGUUUUCUUGGGAUGGGUGUGUUAAAAUUAAGGAGACUCUUAGCUAAUAAUGCAUUGUUACUGCAAACACAAAAUGCGUAGUUGGGUUUAAGAGAUUAACUUUAUGGGUCAGUUUUUGUAGAGAAUUUCAUGAACAAAUGACAUCAGGUACACCCCACAGGAAUAUAAUGUCCACAAAGGCAACACGUAUAUGUUACAACAAUUACACAAACUAUGAGUCCUCAUAGCAAAUAAGGCAGAAUAGCCAACAUUUUUUUAAACAUAUGACCAACUACAAUGAAAAAGAGAAAAGGUAUUCUGUGACUUAAUGUACAGAAUACAGUGUUACUAAAGUUUGAAAUUAUGCUGAUUUUAUGAACUAAAUUAUAAAAGUUAGUGAUCCAUGUACAUAAUUAAUUUUUAUACUUAGCUUAAUACCAAAUAAAUUAAUAAAAAUACUAAUUAAAUACAAACCUUAUCUAAAAAGAAAUUUCAGGGAGUCUCAACAACUAUAACAAACAGGCCCUGUCACUUUUCAGUGACCGCACUGGUUGUGAUCUUUUUCUGUUUUGUUUUUAAAGAGAAAAACCCUAAUGGCUGACAAAAGAGACAGGUCCAUAGAUUUCAUUAAGGAUGUUUUCAAAUGCUCUUUUUCUUGACAAAUUAAUUUACAUACACAAUAAAAGUGAGCACCUGAUUAGAGUGGAAGCAAACAGGACCUGUUAUGAUGUGGAAAUAUUUUCAGAUGUGCAGACCACAUGGACAAUUCAGCAGUUUUGCUUCUGGUUACAGGUCAAGAACUUGGGGUCAUAUGUAUUAAAAAGCAAGCAGCUUAAAUGUACCAUUUAUGAGCAAAAGUAAAACCCUAUGAACAACUGCUAGCUAUCAAAACAAAGCCUAGUACUGGAGAGGAUAAAACUGAUAACAUACACAUUCCUGAAUGUGGCUGGCCAAAUCCAACAAUAUCAGCCCUGGAACUGAGCAUAAACAGGAAUUAUAGUUCUGGAGAUGUGCUGAGAUAAAAACAUCCUAGUGGAUGUCUUUUUGUUGCACUAAAUAAUAUUACAAUUCCUGAAAGAAAGCAGUGCAAAAUCUGAGGAAAAAAGACCAGACAUUAGAUGUAAAUCAAAGUGUUCUGGAAGAAAAUAAAUCAAUAAAAAUGGGUACAGGUCAUUGUUCAGAGCCUGAUGGUUGUGGGUACAGGUCAUUGUUCAGAGCCUGAUGGUUUUGGGUACAGGUCAUUGUUCAGAGCCUGAUGGUUGACAGGUGAAUACAUAUUUUCACGCAAAGCACAGAGGGUGCUUUGUAUUUCACAAAUUUUGCACCUAGUAAGAAUAACAAGUCCAUAGUAACACCACUGUGCUCUUUAGCUACAAACACAUUUGUCUGCAGGGAUGCAUUUGCGGUGCCUCCUGAAAACCACAACGUCCUCUUACAGCACAUUUUCCAUUACGUAACUCAAAAGGAGCAUAUUCAGUUGUACCUGUAACCACUGCUGAAAUUUCUGUUUGACAGUUUUUUUUCUUUCACUGCAAUAAAAAUGAAAAUAAGUCUAUUAUUAAAUAUCUUUGUAGUAAGA